AUGGCAGCCAACAUAAGACCUACACUCCAUGAUGAGGUGGAAAAAGACGCCGAGGAAGACUACCUCGAAGAAAUCCAAAAUCUAUACAAUCAAACAGGAAAGGACUAUACCCCACAAGAACAUAAGCAUGCUCUCCACAGGACCUUCCGAAGUUUCCGCAUUCCUGGUAUAGGAGGAGCCGACGUCGACGGGUAUAUAGGGAUGGUGCGACCAAACGUGAAAAAAUUGGUUGAGGACCAGGUGGAAGAUAUGGGGUCGGCAAAGAUACAGCUAUCCUUAUGGUUCAUGUGGAAGAAGAAGAAGACGAACCCGGAGCAGGCCAACGACGGGGAGCAUAUUAAGGGUAGCGACGUAGACGAUAUGCUAGAUAGGAUGUUUGCCCAAAUUAAAACACAUGUGGAAAAUUCGGCACUACCACCCCAAAGUGGCUUUACAAUUAAUCGAAUCCUACACCUCGACGUAGACUUUCACAAACUGAGGCUAACAAGGGCCUCAUCGUGUAUCGAACUACCUAAAUGGAUAGCCUCUAAAGAGGCCGUCAUUAACCCCGUGAAUGAGGAUGAGGAGUGCUUCAAGUGGGCCGUUAUAGCAUCCUUACAUCAUGAGGAGGGUGUAGAGUUCCCCACAAGCACCAAGACCAUAAGCAAAUUGGAAGAGAAUAACUCUGACAUUGCUGUAAACGUAUUGUACGUAAUAGAGAAAAAGAUCAACAUCCUACGUCGAUCCGAGUACAACAUUAGGCGCAACAAGCAGGCCUCUCCCACGGUUGAAUCGAGGGACAAGCAUUAUAGGUACUCCACUGAUCACGGGGCGGUUAAAAUUACGAUGCCAACAGAGGCUGAGAAAUGGCUAUACUACUGUGAUGGCCAACAGCAGUUCAAGAUAGCCUUUGCUAUCUAUGCCGACUUCGAGAGCUUAUUGAUACCGGUAGAAGAUGCAAGAGGCAAAAAGACUAAAAAGUUGAGCAAGCACGCACUAUCUGGCUGGUGUACCUAUAGCACCUUUGCACCGGACCCCCUAACAGUAUACAGGGGUGAGGACUGCGGGACGAGGUUCGUUAAUCACUUGGAGGACGGGGCAAAAAGACUAUAUUAUGCCUAUCCACAGGAACCCAUGACCAAACUAACAGAGGCCGAAUGUAAACGACAUGACGAGGCCGCACACUGCCACAUCUGCAUGAAACCUUUUGACCACAGAGAUUCAGUUCAUAGAUUCCUGCCGAUUAAUGGCAUCAUCGCUAGACAAAUUGGCAAGCAACCUCAUUGGUACAAACGCUGUAGGCAUGAAGUGUCAUCACAGCUUCAUCAGGACAAGGUGAAGGCAAACGUACCAUCCAUGGGAGAGUUCAUCGACAAAGAUGAUGUCUUUAGGCUGAUACUGAGAAAAGGCGUGUAUCCUUACGAGUACAUGGAUGGAUGGCAGCGAUUCGAAGAGUCAGAACUACCUGCCAAGGAGGCAUUCUACAGCAAGCUGAAUAUGAAGGGUAUCAGCGACAAUGACUAUGGAUACGCUAAAAAGGUAUGGGAUGUCAUUAUCCCAGAGGGUGAUAAUGUCACCAUGGGAGACUAUCAUGACAUCUACCUAACAAUAGACGUACUGUUAUUAGCCGACGUCUUCGAAACGUUUCGGGGGUGUGCUUGGACAACUACAGCCUUGAUCCCGCCCAUUUCUACUCCGCGCCCGGUCUGGCAUGGAAUAAGACUAGAGCUCCUUACAGACCCCGACAAGCUCCUAAUGUUCGAGAAGGUGGGCGAUGCGUCAGGACCUACCAACAGAUGGUUUCAAUUGGGUAUCGAACGUCAAGGCAUUCACCGAAAGGCGGAUCGGGAAUUCAUUGAAGGGAACAAGCAUGGGUACAUAUUAGAGGUUGAUAUAGACUACCCCAAGGAGCUACACGACAAGCAUAAUAAGCUGCCGUUUCUGCACGAACGCACGAUGGUUUAUAGAGUAAAGAAACUGGUACCAAAUUUGGAACACAAGCAUAGAUAUGUGGUGCAUAUCAGAGCCCUUCACAACGCAAUAAAACAUGGGCUUGAAUUGAAGAAUGUAAGAAGUGUGAUUCGAUUCAACCAGAAAGCGUGGUUGAAGGGAUAUAUCAAUCACAACACGAGGUUGAAAGCAAACGCAAAGAACGAGUUUGAGAAGGGUUUUUACAAGCUGAUGAAUCUCUCAGUGUUCGGCAAGACCAUGGAGAAUAUACGUAAUCAGUGCAAUAUUUAG